AUGAACAUGCGACCGCUGAAGCGGCCCCGUCUGGGGCCACCGGAUGUAUAUCCGCAAGAGGCAAAACAACGGGAAGACGAGCUUACGUCGACGCACGUCAAACAUGGUUUCGCGACGGAGCACAAAUUGUCCGAAGAAUUUGGUACGGCCCGUAACUGCAACGUUUCGGCGAGCAAAGUUGGAGCAUACUUCAACGCGAUUCUUGCAAAGAAGGAAGAGCUGAUGACUUUGCCAGAUUCUGGUCGAAAGAAGCAGCAGAUUAAUCCGAAGGACAACUUCUGGCCGGUGACUGCCCGCAACAAGGCAACAUUGGAUACCUGGUUCAAGGAUUUGGCCGGUACGAAACCUCUGAGCAGUUUGGCAAAGAAAGCUCCCUCGUUCAACAAAAAGGAAGAGAUUUUUGCGAUGCUGUGCGAGAACCAGGUCACGAUGCAGCGAGCUGCUUGGUUCAUCAAGCUCAGCUCGGCCUAUACCGUUGCAGUAUCGGAGGCGAAGAUAAAAAAGCGUCAAAUGCCCGACCCAGCCACCGAGUGGACCGGCACGAUGAUCAAGUUUAUGAAGGAUCUGAUCCCGAAGCUGCACGAACAUUACCACCAAGGCCCACUGCAGGAAAAACCGUCCUCCGGUGGGUCAGGAAGUUCUAGCAGUAUGAGCAGUGGGAACAGUGCUAUCGGUCUAAACACUAGCUCUGGGGGAUCAAAUCCUUCGACGAUUCCACCGCCUCUUUCCAGUCCGGCGGGGAGUAUGCACAGCCCAGCUGGUGGUAAUCCGGUUGCAGGAUCUUUGCAUGCGCAGCAGCAACAACAACAACAGCAGUUGCAGCCACCGAUUUCGCCUCAAGAAGAGCAGCGGAUAGCACAGCGGCAAUGGAAUUACAGUACGCAGCUGUGCAAGUACAUGUACGAAGAAGGCCUAUUGGACAAGCAGGAGUUUCUCAACUGGAUCAUCGAUUUGCUGGAGAAAAUGAAAUCCUCCCCAAACGCGGACGACGGCUUGCUGCGCAUCUAUCUUCCGCUGGCCAUGCAGUAUCUGUAUGAUUUUGUACAAUCCGAGCGAUUCUGUCGCCGUUUAGCCUACGCCGUAUCGAAGAAGUUAGCCCAAUUGAUCAACCAAAUGGUAGAGAGUCACAACAUCAACUUAAACUCAUCGGAACCGGAUGCAAAUGCAAAAUCUGCAACUGAUACUGCCGAAGGAAAGGACAAACAGUACGAAAAGCCACCGAAAGAAGGAGUGGCUGGGGCAGGCACUGCACCACAGUGUGUAGAAGUGAAAUCUCCUAAGGCGAAUCCGUACGAAAUGAUUUUCACCGAGUACUUGCAAUGUUCACACCACCGGGACGUUGUGCUGCAACUGUCCUCCAUUCUGCAGGUCAUCACUCUGGAGUGUCCCACGGCACUGGUAUGGUGUGGUGUUGGGGAAACGCGAUCCUCGUCCGCGCUGUCUGGAAGCCCGCUUGACCAUCUGCCGGUGGCACCGUCAGGGCUUCCGAUGCCGGAACGAUACGGAAAGUCAAAUGAAGACAUACGUCGGCAGCUUUUUGAGGCUGAGGAAAGCAUCAAGGUCCGAUCACGACACGCUGAAUCGCGCUGGUGCAUCGACAAGUGGCAGACAGCGGCUGGAAACGCCAGUCUGAAGAUACUGGCUACACUGGAUGCGCUGGAUGGACAUAGCUUCAAUCGGAUGGAUACGAACAACUCGCUCGAUUCGUUGUAUUCGAAGAUAUUUCAGCCGUUCCAGGUUCAAUCGCUUAAACCGACAGAGAACACACCCGGAGCUGGUGUGAAUGGUCAGGGGACAAGUGCAACUUCUGGAAUUGCAGUUGCUUCUGAUGGAAAGGAUGCAGCAACUAAGCAGUUUGAAUAUAAUGUUGAACAAGAUUCGUCGAUCGUGAAAAUCUUGUGCGAGUGGGCCGUCUCGUGGCAGCGCUGGGGAGAACAUAGGGCAAUGGUCGUGGCCUGGUUGCUAGAUAAACGACAAAACGAGGUGCUGACCGCACUCGAAAACGACAGCUACAGCAACAAUCUCAACAGUUCUGACGACAAAGACUCGGUGCUGUCCGGCAGUGGGUUAAACGGUGGACAACCCGUCUUUCAGCAUAUCUUGAUGAACUUCCUCGACCACGAUGCACCGGUACUGGAGGAAAGCGGAGCGUCACAGAAUAAAUCGCAGUUCACGAAUCUCGUGCAUCUGUUCAGCGAACUUAUCCGGCACGAGGUAUUUUCACACGACGCGUACAUGUGUUGUUUGAUAUCGCGGGGCGACCUGCUCACUGGAGCGGGUGGAAUGCUUUCGCUCGAUAGUCACGGGAUUUGCAACGCUGGCUUGGGUACGGGACCGAUUUCCAACAAACCGGCGACCGGCUCUUCACCGAACAAUGCCAGUGGAAUGGAUGACGAUAUGCUGCAGACGGACUUCAAGGCCAAACUUGAGGAUCUCGACGACUCGAAUGUGGACGAUGAUUUGGAUAAGCUUCUGCAGCACAUUAAGGAAGAUCAGCAGAAUUCCAUGGACGCCCCGGAUAGCCCCAAGGAUCCGGAGCAUGCGGCACCGUCUGUGACCGGAUUGGGUAAAGCUGAAUCGUCUAGCCGACAUUUUCUGUACACCGAACAUUUUCCGCUCUGUCAGGACGAUCCGAUCUCGCAGCACGAUUGCAACCAGCGAUACAUCCUGUUGUAUGGUGUUGGCAAAGAGCGUGACGAGAAGAAACACGCUGUCAAGAAAAUGUCCAAAGAGAUCUGCAAGCUCUUCUCGAAGAAAUUCAGCAUUGACGUGGCCGAGGGUGGCAAGGUUAAGAAGCAUUCGCGCAGCGAAUUCAAUUUCGAAUCCACCUCGAACAAAUGCCAAGCGAUGUCGUACUUCGAUCAACACGUCGUCACUUGGCAAUGUGCGGUGCAGGUCCAGGAAAUGCUGAACGCGUUUGCGGUUGGUAACAGCAAUUACCUGCCGGUGCAGGAGCACGUGGCGUUCCUGUUCGAUCUGAUGGAAUCGGCGUUCAACAUCUACGGGCUGAUCGAUACAUGUAUACAGAUCUUACGUGAACUGCCCGACGUGGAGCUGCAGCUGAUUGGAAAGAGCUCGGUGGCGCUCGUUCGAAGCUACACGACCUCGCUAAGCCUGUAUGUGGUGGGUGUGUUGCGGCGUUACCAUAGCUGCUUGCUGCUCUCUCCGGAACAAACGACGGCCGUCUUCGAGGGACUCUGCCGCAUCGUGAAGCACGUAAGCAACCCAAGCGAUUGCAGCUCGGCCGAACGGUGCAUCCUGGCCUACUUGUACGAUCUGUAUUCAGUUUGUGCGUCGCUGAAAUCACGGUCCCAGCAGGACCCAUUUCACAAUGCCUAUCCGAAGAUCAAACAGGCUCUUUACACACCGCUACAGCCGAGCCCGUCGGCACACACGUACAACCCGCAGUUUAUGAUCGAUAUCAUCACGAACCCUCGCCGAGGAGGAAAAAUCGAAAGCGCCUGGGUCCGGCAGCUGAACGAAUCCGCCUCGAAUCGAUACAGCUUCGUGUGCAACGCCGUCGUGGCGGUUACGCGCGACAUUGACAAUGACUGCUUGAAUGAUAUUGCGGCCAUGUGCGCUGAGCUGACGGCAUGCUGCAAUUCACUCAGCACCGAAUGGCUAGGAGUGCUAAUUGCCCUUUGUGGAUCGAAACGAGAUGCAGGGUAUUACGUGGACGUGCUCACCCAGAUAGAUGUGCAGAACACCAACAUUCACAAUGCACUGUCCGUGUUCAUGAGCAUCCUGGUUGCGCGGCAUUGCUUUUCGCUGGAACACUUCGUGGCGCACGUUGCGUUGCCUUCGCUCGUGCAGGCCUGCAAGGGACGCGGUGAAAUAACGCCAGAAAUCGAGGCGGCCCGGCAGGGCGCAAGGGUAUCGUGUCACUUGUUGCUGCGGCUGUUUAAAACCAACGAGUGCCCACAACCGGGUCUGUACUCGGUCAGUACAUCUCCCAAUCCGAUCACCGUUGGGAACGGACACAACAUUAAGCUGAGCUGCGACCGUCAUCUCCUAGCUGCGGCGCACAAAAACAUUGGCAUAGCACCUGUGCUGGCGGUACUGAAGGGGAUUCUCUUCGUCGGAGAGGAAACAGCACCCAAGGUGUCGUCGAUUUUCGGUACUGGUAAGCGCAGUGGAUUGAACACCCCGGUGCAUCCUGACAGCACACCGAAGAGUAUGGCCGGAUCCGGCGACCUGAGCCAUAUUUUGGGAACGAGCGAUCUGUCCAUCCUGGGCAACCCGGACGAAGCGAUGCUGGAUGUCUCGAUGAUCGAACUGGGGGAACUCUCUCCAACCACCUCCGCUCGAUUAUACUCUAGCAGGUGUGCGAAUGGUUUGCCGUUUGAACAACAAAACUCCCACCUGAAUCAGGAAAAUGCGACCAGUCUUUCUGACUUCGCCCAGCACGUGCUUCGGCAAAUCUGUUCACAGGAAUGGGUUCUCGAACGGUGCCUUCAAAAUGCGGAAGCACUCUGCCAGCAGGGAAUGCUCAUCGACAAUCUCCUGACGGCUAAGCAAGCACAGCGACUGUUGCAUAUGAUCUGCUAUCCCGAGCAUGAAUCCAACCAGAUCGCAGAGCUGGACCAGAAAGCGAUCAUUGUGCGUAUAUUGGAAAACUUGGAGCAGUGGUCGCUGCGCAUUUCCUGGCUCGAUCUGCAGCUUAUGUUCAAGCAAAUCUACUUCAACACGCCGGAAAUGUCGAACUGGCUGGACACGGUGGCGAGGGCAGCCAUCGAUGUGUUCCGUGUGAAUGAGUUCACGUUGUCCAGCCCGGACGGAAAGCAGGAGAAAGUGAAACCGUCCACCUGGUUAGUGGCUCCCUUGGUUUCGAAGCUACCUAGCGCAGUACAAGGCAGAAUCUUGAAAGUUUCUGGCCAGGUGCUGGAAAGCACGAGCAUGUUCAGCAAGCACAAGGAUGGCAAUGGUGGAAACAACAACAGUAAUAACAACAGCCACAGUCACGGCGCCAACAGCAACAGUUCGGUCAGCUCGAAUGGGAGUACCUUUGGUAGCAAGCAGUCGGCUCAGUUGAACCAUCAACCGUUCCUGGGGUUGGUACUGACCUGUCUCAAGGGUCAGGACGAGCAGAAGGAAGGUCUACUUCAGUCGCUCUAUUCGCAGUUGUCACAAUUCUUGCAGAAUCGUGAUCAAAGCCUCGAAACCAUCGGAGGCAUUGAAGAUCCUUGCGGGUUUGAGAAAAUGCUGGACGCCUUGCAGUUACGCUAUUCCUUGGUCGGAGGGCUGUUUGAUGCGAUUAUGAAAAAUGCUACCUCCACCACGGAUUGGGCGAUUCUGUUUGCUCAGCUCAUCAGCCAGGGUGUGAUUGACUUGAGCAACAAUUCGGAACUUUUUACCACAACACUCGACAUGCUGGCCACGCUGAUACAUUCGACGCUGGUCAGCGACAGCCAAACCGAGCGUGACGAGAACAAGAAGCUGUACACCAACCUGAUGAAAAAGCUCCGCAAAGAGUUGGGCGAUAAAAAUGGCCCAUCCAUCAAGUACGUCCGCCAGUUGCUUCCUUUGGCGAAGCAAACGUGUGAGGUGCUCACAUGUGAUUCGGCCGGUUCAUCCACGGACGCCAAGGGCAACAAGAUUGCAAUUGAUAGCAUCGAAAAGAAGAAUGGUCUCCGGUUGGGAGAUAAGCAACGCGUAAGCGUUUGGGAUCUUCUGGAGGGUCACAAAAAUCCUGCCCCACUAUCGUGGGCUUGGUUUGGAGCGGUCAAAAUCGAACGCAAACCGUUGGCUUAUGAAGAAACGCACCGCUUGUUGAAGUACCACACGCACAGCUUGUUCAAACCGAGCAGCUACUACUACGAACCGCUUCCUUUGCCUCCCGAGGAGGUAGAUCCGCUUCCGGAUAAGCUCAAGGAUGAUAUGAAAGCCGACACGCCCUCCUCCGAUCAGUCUCCGGCGCCCAGCACGGGCUCGAAAAAGGGCAAAACGACGCGCAAACGCAAACCGAAAGCAACGCCCGCCAAUCAAGUACAACAGAGUCAACCGCAGCAACCGAUCAUGCCCGCAAUGGUACCUCAGGCUGCUGCUGGCCCUCAGCAAAUGCAGCAGAUGCAACAACAGCAGCAACAGCAACAACAAGUGCAACAACAACAACAACAAAUGCAACAGCAGCAAUCCUUGCAACAGCAGCAGCACUUGCAACAACAGCAACAGCUGCAUUUGCAACAACAACAGCAACAACACCUUCAACAACAGCAACAGCUUCAGCAACAACUGCAACAACAGCAGCAACAACAGCAACUGCAACAACAGCAACAAAACCAACUAAUGAUGCAGCAGCAACAGCAACAGCAACCAAACAUUCCCCAGCAACAGCAGCAAGCGUUGCAGCAGCAACAGCAUCAGCAGCAGCUUAGCUCACAACAACAGCAGCAACAGCAGCAGCAGGUGGGCAUGACGCCCCAGCAAACACUGCAGCAGAUACAGAACAGCAGCAUGGGUGGCAUGCAAAUGGGAGGUCCGAUGAAUCCGAUGAAUCAGCAGCACAUGCAGCAACAGUACGGUCAAACGGCGAACCCUGGGCAGAUGGUUGGACAGCCAAACAUUGGUGGAAUGCAGGCUGGAAUGGUGGGAGGACUGGGUGCGAGUAUGAGUGGCGGUAUGAUGAAUCAACAGCAACAGCAGCAACCUCAGCAACAACAGCAACCACAAGCACAGCAGGCUCAGCAGGUACAACAAGCUCAACAACAACAGCAACAACAGCAGCAGCAACAGCAAAACAACCCAAACAUGGGCUUCGUUGGCAACGUAAAUUCGAUGGCUCAGUUGGCCCAGCAGCAGGGCGGCAAUCAACAGUGGGGUGGCUAUGGUUCAAUGCAGCAGCAACAGCAGCAGCAACAACAACAGCAGCAGCAACAGCAGCAGCAGCAGCAACAACAACAGCAGCAAUCAUCGCAACAACAACCACAGCAACAGCAACAAACACCACAACAAGCCCAACAAAAUGCUCAACAACAAGGUCCCCAGCAAGGACCUCAACAAGGCCCGCAGACACAGCAGCAACUGCAGCAGCAGCAGCAACAGCAGCAGAUGUUCUAUUCCGGAAUGGGCCAGGCAACAAUGAACCGUUUCGAUCGGCCCCAGCUGAACACAAAUUCCAAGCAGGCCCUAUCGAAUAUGCUACGAUCGAAGCUUCCGAUCAACGCUGGGCAUCCGGGCAGCUUCAUGCAGCUGCAGCAACAACAGCAACAGCAGCAGCAACCGCAGCGUAACCCUCAGCAACAGUUCAUGCGUGGUCCGCUUCGGGCUGGCAUACCAGGCAAUCCUAUCGUCGCCGGGCAGGGUGGCAUGGGCCCGAUGAAUCCAGCCAUGGCAGCUGGUAACGCCGGAAUCGGAGCAACGAGUGGAGGUGCGGUAAUGGGCGCACAAGCCAUGGCUGCCGGUGGCAUGAUGGGAAGCCAACAAGGUGGCCAAAACCAGCAGGCUACCGGUGGUAUCAUGAAUCAGAAUGCCGCCGCCAUGAUGGGCACGGCCGGUGGCUCGAUCAUGGGCCAGUCUGGUGGCAGCAUGAUUCAGACGAAUAUGAUGAAUCCGCAACAAAACCCUGCCAUGGUCGGACAGGGCAUGGGUAGCGGCGGUGGCAUAGGAGCAGGCGGUGCUAUGGCAGGCAACAGCGGAUUGGGUGGCAGUGCGGGUGGUAUGGGAGGUGGCGGAGGUGGUAUGGUAACGUCUGGUGGGAUGGCUACUGGUGGAAUGGGCAGCACUGGCAUCGGGAACGCGGCACCAAUGGGUGGCGGUCAAGGUGGAAUGGGCGGAAACAGCGGCAUGCCAAACGCAAGCGGCAUGGGAAAUUCGUCCAUGGGCAACCCCGGCAUGGGAAUGCAGAAUAUGCAGCAAUCAGCCAACAUGCAGAGCGGCAUGUUCCAGGGACAGAACGUACCCUACCAGAACGUCAAUCAGAACUAUCCAAACUACAGCAACCAGGGCAUGGGCCAGCAGGGAGGUCAGAGUGGCGGUAUGAUGAGUAAUUUCAAUCAAAUGACCCAGCAACAGCGCACUACACAGGCAGAGUUCCUGGCACAACAGCGCGCCGCUAUGGCCGCGGGCCGUGGCCAGUAUGGCCAGCAUGCUCCCAAUGUAACGAUGGGCAGCAUGGGUGUCAAUCAGGGCGCCGUUCCACCGUACCCGAGACAGGGAGGCAAACCGGGAGUGGGAGGAAACAUUGCCCAGAACCAGCAACAGUUCCAACAGCAGCAGCAACGGUUGCGCUUGAUGAUGCAGCAACAGCAGCAACAACAGCAAUCAGGAAUGGGCCAGGGAGGCAACGCACAAGGCAUGAUGCAGAAUCAGGGCCAAGGCAUGAGUACGCAGCAAACGCCGAAUCUGGUGGCUCAGCUGCAGCGCCAGAUGCCAAACCAGAACAACAUGAUGGGCCAGCAGUACCCACACCAGCCUCCUCAGUAUUAAGAGAGCAGAACAAAGGAGGAUGGCAUACCUGCUACGCACGCCACGGGCUCGUGUUUUGGUCAACGGUCGAUCCCCCAAAAACAACCUUACAGCACCUUUAUGCUAGUAGUACAUAUUUAUUACCACUGUGACUUGUGCAAGAGCAUAUAUUUCUUAGUAUGGUAAUAGGACUCGCAAUAAAAUGAAU